ACAUGGAAUAACAAAGAAAUAUUGAUUAAAUUGUACAUAUUUAUUUUUACAAUUAUGCGCCGAUCAUAAAAUAAUCGCGAGAGCCGGCGGCGCCCGCGCGAUAAACAUAUUCUGAAAAAGCAUUAGACGCCGGCGAUCGCCUCGGAGCUCGAAGUCAGAAAACGUUAGAUGGGGGAAGAGGCAGAGGAGAAAGGGACAAACUCAGCCGCGAACGUAGCCGAGUGCGCGACGGCUCACGCCGAUCGCAGCCGAGCGCGCGUGCCUCACGGAUAGGGGGAGUGCGAUGUGUGCGUGAGCGUGCCCGGGCUUGAAAUCGCAUCACAGAUUGGUGUGGUGAAUAGGUUAUGUCAGGAUCAUAGGCGGUUGAAUAAUAAAUCUGUAUUUGUCACAGUUUUAAAUAAACACAGAAGUCUCUUACAGAAUCUAAGUACAGAAUGGCCACAAAAUAAUUGAAAAUUGUUUCCAUUGUCAACGACGACUUAAGCUAUUCAACUAACCUUUUUUUCUCGAGCUGGUCUCAUCGAAAAAAAUAGGCUUCAAGAAAAAAAAACACAAGCAAAUAUCAAAAGUAACAAGACCGAGAACAAAGACUUAUGUGCUGUAUAACACCAAGGAUUAAAAGCACCUAAAUAUUCAUCUUCAAAAAUUCCUUGCUACCUCAUUUUGUAAUUAGACAUUUAUCAAGAAGAGUUCUCUGAGAACUGAGCAAGAGUGAACGACAAAUAUGUUCAAGUUUCCAAGAUUAAUUGUGAAUCACGUAAAGGCUUUGGCGAUGCCUACUUCAUCCAGCAAUGUAGAUUAUUUAGCACAACAAACACGGAACACUUUUAUUCUCAAAAGAAGAUAUCCAGUGCAGCUUCACAAAAAGAAUUCCAAGCCCCAUCGCCUGAAAGCGAGGCACUAUAUUUACGAUCUCGUUGAGGACACAAAUACGAGGAGGAAGAAGCCACUCGAUUUGAUUCUGACGCAGUAUGUGGCGGGACUUGGAAACGUAGGCACUCAAGUGUCAAUGCACCCAACACAGGCGUACAUGACGCUCCUAUUGCCGAAGCUGGCGGACUAUGCUACCCCUGAGAACAUUGAGAAGUAUACAAAGAUGGCGACAGAUGAGGCGGACAAAACACCGUUUAGCUCCGCUUUGGUGGAAAAGACAAUAAAGUACCUGGGGCAGAAGCGAAUAUCCAUUAUCAUGUCGAAAGACGUGUCGUGGACAUUGGAGAAAUGGCAUAUAAAGGCAAACUUUCGCAAGGCAGGCAUCUAUUUACCUGAAGACGCUGUAACAAUGCCCGAGAAACCGAUAUCUGGACCGAACCUGGACCUCGAGGGGAAAGAGUUCUAUGUGACGCUCACGAUCAACAAUCGCGAGCACGUGAAGGUGCGAUGUGUGCUACACCACUGGACACCGGAGAAGACGGCGCAAGUCUACGUCGAGGAGUUUUGGAAGCAACCAGGCGAGCCAAUAUUUCCUGAGGACAAGCCGAUUUUAGACUCUCUUCCUACCUUCUGGACAGAAAAGAAGAAAAAGGAAUCAAAUUUGUAAUAUCUUGUAUUAUGUAUGUAAAUAAAAGACGUUUAAUGGGAAA